GCCGCAGUGGGGGACUCGCGGCGCUGCUUCGGAGCCCACUGCCUCGGUUCCCCUCGGCUUUUCUCGUUCCCGGCGGCAUUCCUGCAGCUCUGCUCGCCUUCCCCGGAGCAGCUGCGAUGCGCCUGAUCCAGAACAUGGGGACGAUUGCCGAAUACCCCCAGGCAGAAAACGCCACCAGCGGAGAGAACUGCGCGUCCGGACGCCCCCGACUCAUCAAGAUCGCUGUGGUGGGCGCCAGCGGGGUGGGCAAGACCGCCCUGGUAGUGAGAUUUCUCACAAAGCGAUUCAUUGGAGACUAUGAACGCAACGCAGGUAAUCUGUACAGCAGACAGAUUGAAAUUGAUGGAGAGAUGUUUGCAAUUCAAGUACAAGAUACACCUGGAGUACAGAUGCACAGACAUAGCCUGGAUUGUAAUGAACAGCUGAACAAGUGCCUUCGUUGGGCGGAUGCAGUUGUAAUUGUCUUUUCGAUUACAGAUUAUAAAAGCUAUGAACUCCUUGGCCACUUCCACCAGCACAUACGGCAGGUGCACCCAAGAAAUCGAUUGCCUGUAGUUAUUGUAGCAAACAAAGCAGACCUGCUCCAUAUUAAAGAGGUGGAACCUCAACAUGGACUUCAGCUGGCCAGCAUGUUGGGCUGUAAUUUCUAUGAAGUGUCUGUCAGUGAGAACUACAAAGAGGUCUUCUGUGCCUUCCACAGCUUGUGCAAAGAAGUCAGUAAGCAACAAACAACAGGCACCCCAGAAAAGCGGAGAAGUUCUCUCAUUCCAAGGCCAAAGUCACCCAACAUGCAAGACCUGAAGAGAAGGUUUAAGCAAGCCUUGUCUGCCAAAGUGAGAACUGUUACCUCUGUCUGAGAGGUUAAACUGGAUGGAAGAAGGGUUUCCCUGCCUCCUCUUUUCAGCAAAUAGUCCAUUUGUUCCACUUCUGGAACAUUUUGCUGGUACCACAGCAACCAAAGCAAGAUCAAAGAGAGAGAGAGAGAGAGAAAGUGUACAUGUUCAGGUGAUAUUUGAAUAGUUGUGCGAAUGAAGCAUUGUGUAAUGGAGGAACUCCACCAAAACCUGAAUAAGUUCCUAAAGAAGGGAUAUGCCAUGUACUUUCAUCCUGAAAGGAGAACAUUUGAAUACAUCCAAAACAUAGCCAUGUUGUGUGAUGGAAUUAGGAUGGCUUAGUAUGCUAUCCUGUCACUUUAACUGUAGAAGAAGCCAAGGGGAAAAUACUCAGAAUGCCAUCUUCUUAAUUGGAAACAGAUAUUCUUAUGCUAUUGAAUUAAGAUUGGUUUCUUUUGUAAAGCUCACUAGAGCCUUUGAUUUCUUAAUUCAGUUCAUGAGGUACAA